AAGUUCUAAGCAGGUGUUGAGCAAGAAAGUGUGGUUGCUCGUCCAUCGGUGGUUUAUAAGUGAGACGAAGAUGGGUGUCUGUUAUUAGUUGAACGCGGAGAUCAGAUGGAGUGACAGACAGAUAAGGAAGAUGAGCCCCGAGCUGAGAGACAGAGAUAAGAACGGGAGGGGAAUAAUGUCAUUGCUAAGCGGCCGAUCGAAGCCGAGGAAGAAUUAGGGACCAUGGAAGAUUAAAAAAAAAAAAGUUCGUCCCUCGUUCAGAUACGCAAAAGAGACACACAUCCGUUGACCAUGGCGAUGGGGAUGGAAGGAGACAGCAUUCUCGUCAAACUCUCGGGGAUUAUAAGGUUCUGCUGUGAGCCUCAGGGGGUUCCACGGCCGCCCCAGAACCCGGUGCUCCCCCCGGGCUACCACCGGGGGCAGGUGGUGGAGGAACCUGACGUUGUCACCGACCCAGACACGCAGCCGUGGGACCUCCUGCUGCAGAACCACCGACUGCGCGAGGGCCCGAGAUACACCAUCAUCCCCACCAUCUCAGUCGUUCCUCCUUGGGACGACCUAAACCACAACGACCUCCACGACCAGGUAGCUGCCGACAGCCACCCGGCCGCCCACUUCAUCACGCCCACGCCCGUGCUGCCUCUCCCGCGCCCACCUAACACGCUAGUCGGGGAAGCGGCCCGAAACGCGACGCAGAGGUUCUAUGACGCUCUCAGGGCUGUGCUUCAUGGCGGGGGCGUGCAGGAGACGCUGCCUAGUCUCAGUAACGGCGGAGUGGGCGGGUCCAACGCAGCGGUCUCGGGUUUGGCUCCGCAUGUACAGGACACUCACGGCCCCUUCCUGGCCUCUCGUCCUGCGAAUGAUGACCCUCAGAGCAUGUCGCCGAUAUUACAGGUAUGCGCCGCCCUUGGAGUGCUGGUGGUGGUGAUGGUGAUCCUGUUUCACGCCCACCACUUCCGGCGCGACUGCAUGGUGGAGCGCCGCGCCCUCCGUCGCGUCGCGAGGCGGUACCACGUGGCGCGCGCUCAGGAUGACGUGGAGCGCAGCGAGGUGACGGAUGUGACGCUGUGACGGGCGUGGUGGGCGUGACUGACGCUGUGACGGGCGUGGUGGGCGUGACGCUUUGAUGGGCGUGAUGCUGUGAUUGGCGUGAUGCUGUGAUGGGCAUGGCGCUUGUGAUGUGAUGACGUGAAGCUGUUAUGGGCGUGACGCUGCGACGGGCGCGAUGGAUAUGAUGGGAGUAAUGAUGUGACACUGUGACGGGCGUGACGGAUGUGAUGCUGUGAUGCAGAUACAGUCAUAUAGUGACGGACGUGACGCUUAAAAGUGGUGAUGUAACGGACACAGUGCUGCGAUUCGUGACGCUGUGACGGGACAAACAAUAUGACGAAACGUGACGCUGUGACGAACGCAGCAGUGUGACGGACAUGCUAUCGUGGUGAAGCUGUGACGGAUGUGACGAAGGAAGAUGAUGCGAGAUGUGACGGCGUUACGAGAGAAUGUGACGUUAUUUCAAGAUACGUAACGACAUGUUGUAAUUUUAUGUUAUUCAGUGUUUUAAAUGUCGGGGAAAAAUAUUGUACAGUGACUGGAAAAUAAAAAACAAAGCCUGCAAUGUGACGGACAUUGAUCGAAAGUUUAUUUUUUAAACUCUUAUGCUUCAUGAUAUUUAUGACGCAUGAUUAUGAACGUCAUAUAAAUGACUUAAUAUGAACUCAACAGCGAAAUGGAAAACGAAAUAGAAAACUCGCCAAAAAUUAAAUAAACAAGAGGGAUGGAAUAUGU